AUUUAAGCAUAGAGAAGCACUGCUGCCCCAACUGGUACAAGUGUUAGCCUUGAUUAUCACCUCCUCCAGGAAAUGGCAUAGAGAUACAAAAGGUAUUCCUCGCCCUGCUCUUUGAGUGAACGAAGCCUCUUGCCUACAGCAAAGUCUUUCCUGUUCUCCAGUGUGUAGGUGGAGCCUGUAAGUAAAAAAGCACCAGAAGAAGUUGAAGAGUCAUUGCUUCUCCUUGCUACAGGACACGACACAGAAACUGUGUGAAAGAGUGGUUGGACCAGACAGUAAUCCCUAUUUAGAGAAGUAUUUAUGGAUGACCUACGUGGUAGGCCAAGAAAUCAGCAGGCUAUGGAUAAUAAGAAUGCAGCAGUCAAAAAACUUUCUGAAAGAACCAAACCUGCCCGGAAGAAAGAUGUUUUUACAUCACCUUCUGUACAAACAUCUUCAGAAGCUUUUGCAGUACCUCUCCCACCAGACUUAGAAGAUGAAGAUCUGAUGUCGGAGAACAUGACUGAGAGAAAACCUAGCGAGUGGAAGGAGUUGAAGGAACAGUGUUACGGAGAACAAGACAAGCAGGCAGCAGAACAUACCUUGUACAACCAAUAUGAGGAAAAGAUCCAACCCUGCAUUGAUCUGAUCGACAGCCUAAGAGCUCUCGGAAUAGAAAAUGACCUGGCUUUGCCCGCAAUCGCAGUGAUCGGAGACCAGAGCUCUGGGAAAAGCUCUGUCCUAGAAGCCCUGUCUGGCAUUGCUCUUCCUAGGGGCAAUGGUAUUGUUACUCGAUGUCCCUUGGAACUUAAACUGAGAAAAAUACCUGUCACCGAGGCAUGGAAAGGAAAACUUUGUUACCACAACAUCAUCAUAGAGCUCCAAAAUGCAUCUGAGGUGGAGAAAGCAAUAAGACAAGCCCAGGAUGUUGUGGCUGGUACUAGAGGUGCCAUUAGUGGAGAAUUAAUUUCCCUAGAAAUUCGGUCUCCAGAUGUCCCAAAUCUGACACUAAUUGAUCUUCCUGGAAUUGCCAGAGUGGCUGUGGGGGAUCAGCCAAAAGACAUUGGGGAACAGAUCAAGAUGUUACUUAGAAAAAUUAUUGGCUGCAAAGAGACACUCAAUUUGGUAGUGGUGCCAUGUAAUGUGGAUAUUGCAACAACAGAAGCACUGAAAAUGGCUCAGGAGGUGGACCCCAGUGGAGAAAGAACAUUAGGGAUCCUAACGAAACCAGACUUGGUGGACAGAGGAACUGAAGAGGCUAUUAUUAACAUAAUACGCAACCUGGUCAUCCCUCUCAAAAAAGGUUACAUGAUCGUGAGGUGUCGUGGCCAGCAGGACAUCCAUAACAAACUGACCUUGGCUGCUGCAAUCCAGCAGGAGAGAAAGUUCUUUGAGAAUCACAAACAUUUCAGCAUUCUUAUGGAAGAAGGAAGGGCUACUGUCCCUCAUUUGGCAGAGAAGCUCACAAAUGAACUUGUGGGACAUAUUAAAAAAACCUUGCCAACACUAGAGAACCAAGUACAUGAGGUUCUCCAAAAAACGUUACAGGAUCUACAGAAGUACAGAAGAGGUGCACCCACAACAGAGUCUGAGAAGCUGAUUUUCCUCACAGAUUUGAUCAAACUCUUUAAUCAAGACAUCUCUCUGGCAAUGCGUGGAGAGGAACAGUUGUUUGGAAAUGAGAUCAGACUGUUUGCAAAAAUCCGCAGAGAGUUUCAAACAUGGCAAGUGAUUCUCCUAGAGUGUGCUGCAAAGGUUAAAAAAAAUGUACCCAGUAAAGUGUGGAAAUAUGAAGACCAGUAUCGUGGACGGGAGCUCCCGGCCUUCACGAAUUACAGGACAUUUGAGGAUGUCAUAAAAGAGCAAAUCAUAGAACUGGAGGAGCCAGCCGUUGAGAUACUGCACAACGUGAUCAGAAUGGUUCAAGAGAAAUUUGUGGAACUCACUAAAAGGCACUUCACUAAUUUUCACAAUCUAAACAGAGCUGCUAAGACCAGAGUUGAAGACAUUAGAGAGAAACAAGCAGCGGUGGCUGAAAGACAUAUCCGGACCCAGUUUAAAAUGGAGAGAAUUGUAUAUUGCCAAGAUGACCUUUACAGUAAUGAUUUAAACUCUGUUAAGGUAGAAAACGCUACCAAAGCUGGCAAUGGGAAAGAGUUGCCAUUUGGAUCUGUUUUUAAUCAAGAGCCCUCCUUUGUCCAGGAAAUGGUUUCUCACACGAAGGCCUAUUUCAAUGGAGCAAGUAAACGCCUCUCCAAUCAGAUACCUCUGAUUAUCCUGUCUUAUGCCCUUCAUGAUUUCGGGGAUAACUUACAGACCGCAAUGUUGCAUCUUUUGCAAGAAAGAGACAAGAUAAGCCAACUCCUUCAGGAGGACAGCGAAGCUGCUAAACACAGGAGUUACCUCAGUCAACGAGUUAAUCGUCUCGCCAAAGCCUAUCAGUCCCUGAGAGACUUCACCUUGCUGUAGAUUUAUUUUUCAGAAGUAUUUUUCUACUCUUGCUUUCUAGCAUUUUCUAGCCUAAAAUCCCCCCAUGUGCUGGCAUUUUCUAGCCUAAAAUGCCAGCACAGACCUUUAGCACUCAUUUCUAAUGUUCAGUUCUGCUUUUAUUUCCAUAAGCACCUACAUGCAGACACCUACUCAUGUAAAGUGCUCUGGUGGGGGGGUUGUGAUUAAAUAAAUGUUAAGCUAUUUUUUAAAAUUUGCUUCAUGAACGCUGUAUAAUCAUUGAAACAAUUAUUAAAAAGCUAGA